AUGAUCCGGUCCACCAGUGCCAUGGGCGGCAGCGGCGCCGUCGUCAAGCCCCCGUCGCGGCGGCUCCGCUGCGCGCUCGUCUCGUGUGGCAUUGGCAGCAUCCUCAUCGCCGCCGCCCUGCUCGCCGUGACGCUGACCGUGUAUCGCGUCCGCGAGCCCGUGAUGACGAUGAACGCCAUCUCCCUCAAGGACCCUGGCGCCGCCGCCGCGUAUUCCUCGUCGCCGUCCUCGUCGACGCCGCCGCCGCUCCUGACCCUGACGGUGGUGGCGGACGUGUCGGUGAAGAACCCGAACGCCGCGUCGCUGCGGUACGCCGCGACGGAGACGUCGGUGUACUACCGCGCGCGCCAGGUCGGGGAGGCCACGGGGCCGCCCGGCACGGCGCCGGCCCGGCGGACCGUGCGGAUGAACGUGACGGUGGACGUCGCCGUGGGCGCGCUCCUGGGGGACCCGGCGUUCCUCGGGGACGUGGGGGCGGGCGCCGUUGCGGUGGCCACGGCCACGCGGGUGCGCGGGCGCGUCGCCGUGCUGGGCGGGCUGGUGCGCCGCCGCGUGGUGCUGGAGAUGAACUGCACCGCGACGAUCGCCGUCGCCGACAUGUCCAUCAGCGACCAGAGCUGCGAACAGCGCGUCCGGUUGCGAUAGACGGUGAAGGAAGCAAGUUCGCUGGAUCAACGUACAGCAGGUAGUUUAGCAGCAGCGCGUUCCUAACCUAUGUGUGCGUUCUCAUGCAGCGCCGUAUGAUUACUCAUGAUGUCAAUACAGUACG